CCACGUAACACACGCAGCAUUAGGUAAUACGUAUCAUCACGCGCGCGCAUAAUCAAUACACUUUCAUGGGGUCUUUUGGUUGAUAUCGAGCACCCAUGGCAUCGUUUUCAGAGGAGUGUAGGUUUCUAGACUGUUUUAAAAGGAAACGUGUUAAAAUAACCCUGCUCGAUACACAAGUCAUAGCGGUUAUACAGCGCAUUAAUCUGAACAAGACGGUGAUUCUAGAGGAUGUAUAUGAAGUACAAACCGGGAGGAAAUUUCCAGGUGUUAAACUCAUUUUUGGACACGACAUCGUUAAAGUUGAACUUCACUUUCCUGUGAGUCAUGACAACCUGUGCAGUGUUGAUGACGCGCACAAGACAACACUUCAAUCUCUUGGAAACAGGACAAUACUGGAUGAUGUUGUUGAACACGAGGACUCCAUGAACUAUGUGCUGAUAGAUGAACUUCAGGAGAAGUUUGGUCCAGCUGUUACACACAUCCAAGAACAAAAAGUGAUAGGAAUUGGAGCUAACUUUUUUGGACCGGUCGAGCAAGAGAGACUUUGUUGGUUGCAGGUUGCCACUAAGAAUGUAGUGUACAUUUUUGAUAUCCUUUUGCUUGGUGCAAGAGCAUUUAAAAAUGGGCUGUGCAUGAUUCUGGAAAAACGCCACAUCUUAAAGGUCACGCAUGACUGCCGAUGGAUUGUGAGAUGUCUACGAGCGCAGUUUAAUGUGAAUCUUACUAAUGUGUUUGAUACACAGGUUGCUGAUCUAAUGCUUUUCUACAAGGACACAGGAGGCUUUCUACCAGACAGGGUCAGCACUCUGCAAGAGGUGGUCAGAAUUCAUCUAAAAGUGCCCGUAAACAAACUUUCUCCUCUCUGGAUCCAAGAACAGUGCACUGAGGAGAAUCCAGAGGUCUGGUAUAUUCGUCCUUGUCCACCCGUCCUGUUGAAGAUUAUGGCUGUGUCAGUCGUUCAUCUGCUUCCUUUGCGCUUGGUUUUAUUGGAUGCCCUUAUGUCCGACUACACGACCCUCGUCGAUUCCUACAUGAGCAGCUACCAAAACAAAUCUGUUCACAUGCUGCAUGAUGGCAAGCAGAAUGGAGUGGAGCUCCCCGAAGAAAUACAAGAAUUGGAGGCAGUACGACAGGAACGCAUGAAGUGGGCUAGUCGUUGCUACUUGGUUACUGAUGAUGGCCUUCUGGACCGUUCCAGCUUUAAAUCAUGAAGUCUGUCUGUCCUGGGACAUUUCCAGUCAAUGCCACUGCAAUGGCAUUCUCUAGAUGUUUAAAGGGAUAGUUCACCCCAAAAUAAAUAAAUAUUUUUACAUAAAUCAUUUAACCCCAUGUCGUUCCAAAUUAGGGAUGCAUAACAAUUAAUCGCAACUAAUUGUGUGCAGAAUAACAGUUUUGUAUAAAAAAACUUUUUACUUUCCUAAAAUUAUACAUGCGUGUGUGUGUGUGUGUGUGUGUGUUUAUAUAUACAUAAUUAUUACAGUUAACACAGUACACACACAUAUAUGAUGUAAACAAAAACUUUUGUUCUGCUAACGAUUAGUUGCGAUUAAUUGUUAUGAAGCCCUAUUUCAAACCCAAGGUUUUUUUACUUUUUUGUCAAAAUUCUGUCAUCAUUUUGAACUUUUUUUGGUGAUGUCUUUCAUUCUUUUCUGGGCUUGAAUAAUGUCGAUUGAAUAGCAGUCUACGAUACAGUCACAAGCCUUCCGGGGUUCAUAUCCAAAAUUAAAUAUCUAAAAAUGUGUUCUGAAGACGAUCAAAGGACUUGCAGGUUUGGAACAACACAGGGAUAAGUGAUUUAUCAUACAUUUAAAAUUUUUGGGUAAAGGUGACAUCUUUUGUUUAUUUGGUCAGUCUGCCAGUGUAUACACUGAAAUGUUAAGGAAAAGCUAUUUUAUGUAUGUACAAUACACUUAUAAUUUUUGUUUAUUGGCAUCUUAACUUUAUUUUGAUACUUUAGUAGUUACUAGUGCAUCAAAUGUUUGUUAAGUACUGUAAUG